CAUUCAUGCCGCAGAGCUGCGCGGACCUCUUUGUCUGGUGGGAGUGAUGCGCGGGAGGCGUUGUCCCCCAGCGCACAGCUGUAGCUGAGGAGCGGCGGCCGCUUUGUCUGGGUCCCAGCUGGAGUUGCUCUCUGCUCCGUCUAGAGGCCGAUGGCGGUGGCCACACUCGGAGACCCGGCUCUGGGUUGUGUGACCUUUGAGGAUGUGGCCAUUUGCUUCUCCCAGGAAGAAUGGAGACUUCUUGAUGAAGCCCAAAGGCUCCUGCACCUUAAUGUCACGCUGCAGAACUUUGCACUUAUAAACUCACUAGGCUGUGGGCAUGAAACAGAAGAUGAAGAGGUACCUGCUGAGCAGAGGCUUGCUGGAGGAGUGUCACAGGUCAAAACUUCUAAGACAGGUCUGUCCCCACAGAAGACUGACAUCUGUGAGAAGUGUAUCCCAGUUCUGCAAGACAUUCUGCAUGUGGCUGAUCUACCUGGGCAGAAACACGGUGCUGGGGCACGUACAAAACUUUACCAGCACCAGAAAUGUCACAGUAAAAAGAAAUCUUUUAAGGAGGACAUUGAUAGGGUCCCAUAUUUGAAACGGUGCCUGUUUCACACAUCAGUGAAAUCCUUCCCCGGCUGGGAUAUUGAGAGGGACCUCCCAGCCAUAUUGAGCCUUCUCAAAUCCCUGGCCUUUCCCCACAGUAAGAAACAGAACAAAAUUAUUGAGGCCAGGGAAGACAUUCAUAGUCAUAAAAGCCGCAAGUCGGGAGAAUGUGCGAAACCUGUGGACCACCCAAAAGUCUCCAGUGGAAAAAAGCUUUAUGAGUGCAGCAAAUGUGGGAAAACCUUCCGUGGCAAGUACUCGCUUGAUCAGCACCAGAGAGUCCACACUGGAGAGAGGCCCUGGGAGUGCAGGGACUGUGGGAAGUUCUUCAGCCAAACCUCCCACCUGAACGACCACCGGAGAAUCCACACUGGAGAAAGGCCUUACGAGUGCAGCGAGUGUGGAAAGCUCUUCAGACAAAACUCCAGUCUUGUGGACCACCAGAAAAUUCAUACUGGAGCAAGGCCUUAUGAGUGUAGUCAGUGUGGGAAGUCUUUUAGUCAAAAAGCCACCCUUGUUAAACAUCAGAGAGUCCAUACUGGAGAAAGGCCUUAUAAAUGUGCUGAAUGUGGGAAUUCUUUUAGCCAAAGUGCCAUUCUUAACCAACAUCGGAGAAUUCACACUGGAGUGAAGCCUUACGAGUGUGACCAGUGCGGGAAAUCUUUUAGCCAAAAAGCCACCCUCAUUAAGCACCAGAGAGUUCACACAGGAGAAAGGCCUUAUACAUGUGGUGACUGUGGGAAAUCCUUCAGCCAGAGUUCCAUCCUGAUUCAGCACCGAAGGAUUCACACUGGAGCCAGGCCCUAUGAGUGUGGCCAGUGUGGAAAGUCCUUUAGCCAGAAGUCUGGCCUCCUUCAACACCAGGUAGUUCACACUGGAGAAAGGCCGUACGAAUGUGACACAUGUGGGAAUUCCUUUAGCCAGUGCUCCAGCCUCAUUCAUCACCAAAAGUGUCACAAUAUGUAGAUGCCCCAUGAAAACAAGUAUAUAAAGGCCCCUAGCCCCUAGCCUAACCCUGCUCAGUUCCUGGAAGGCCAUCCUUGAGAAAUGCCUAUUAUGCAUUUCCCUUUUUUUUU